AUGGAACGGGUAGGAUUUGUUGAAAAGUCCCGAAACACGCCAGUGAUUUCAGUCCCAAAGCGUUACAAGGUCACGCAAAUGCUAGCAGAACUUGAGGAUAUUCUAAACAAAUGUCGUGUGCUUGGUGAUAUAACACUAACAAAAAUUUUGUAUAAAGCAACUUUAUCAAAAACAGGGAAAUUUAAAGAGAUUUGUUCCAUUCGUUUCCACAUGUCCACAGGGUGUCGAUUAUGCGAUUAUCCUGCCUGAGGAGGAACCAUCUCUUGAAGUAAUACGUGACCUGGAAGAGACAAGUCACGAUAUCUUUUUCUCUCCAAAAGUUUAUUCCAAGGGAGGCCGUGACAUCAUCGUGCCAAGCAUUGGGUUGGUUACCGCCAGAGACAAACAUCUAAGUGUUUGCUUUUCCUACUUUCAA